CCUGGGACCAUAUUGAUUGGAGGUGAAUCCAUGGUAUGGCAGAACGAUGUAUCAGAUGGUUACCCCGAGUGGACUUCCAUCGACGUGCACUCCAGAUUUUCAGAAGGUACAUGUAAAUCAUACGAUGUGUCUAUGGGAUCACCCUGAUAUUAUUAAAACUGGAGUAAGCGAAGCAGACAAAAAACUUAUACUUGAUCUUCACAACAAAUACAGAACCAUGACACAAUUUCCAGCAGCCGACAUGUCAAAAAUGUACUGGGAUGAUAAUUUAGCUAGGGUUGCUGCUAAGUGGGCCAGACAAUGUUAUCUUGCUCAUGAUGCUCACCGGCAACUACCAAAGCACGGGAAGUCUACAGGACAAAAUUGCGCUGCAGGAUAUUUUUAUUGGAGUGAUGCCGUAUUCCAUUGGUUUAACGAACAAAAGUUAUACAAAUAUGGCCAUGAACCCGAUUCUUAUUUAGGAAAGGGAAAUUGGGUGAAGAUAGGACAUUUCACAAUGCUUGCCAACUCUCGAGCAACACGAGUAGGUUGUGGAUUUGCAGAGUGUACCCAUAGACCAAAAAGAUUUUAUGUUUGUAACUACGAAGGAGGACAAAGAAGUGAUGAUGUAAAGUUUCCAUAUAAAGUUGGUAAACGCUGUUCAGCUUGUCCAAAUAAUUGUGAUAAUGGAUUGUGUGAUUGUAAAGGGUUGUUUUGUAAGAACUUUGGUAAACUAAAUGUAAAAGACUGCACAUGUAAAUGUGGAAAAUUAUUUCUUGGAACGGAAUGUGAAACACCAAACUGUCCCAAAAAGGAUCCUUUCUACUGUGGACCGGGUAAUUUCUUCCCACCAAUAGCGUGUUUAAAAUAUGGAAAUGUUCCUGGAUUAUGUCCAUACAUGUGUGGAGUAUGUGUUGGCGGAGAGACCACUACUACGACAACGAUGGCACCGACUGAAGCUCUUGAAAUACCAAUAGCAAAAACGACUUCAACUACCACUACCACUACGACGACUACUACAACCACAACGACCACGGCAGCGCCAACAACUACGCCGAAACCGGGUCAUUUAUGCCCCUACAGUGGGACCAAAGCCAGUAAGAGUGCUUGUUCUGGAUAUGGUGAUGCAGGUGAUGAUAUGAUGUUAUGUGUUAGUAAAGGUGGCGUAGUUGGUUGUACAGAAUGUAAUAUGUAUUAUAAUAUCAAGAGAGAUAUAUGUCCAGUGAUGUGUGGAUAUUGUGACGCGCCGUGUAAUGGUAAAGUAUGCUUAAAUGAUGGUAAACUGAACAAACAGUCAUGUCAGUGUGAAUGUAGACAUCCAUACGAAGGAGAACUUUGUGACAAAGUAAAGUGUGGAUCGCCUGAUACAACACCCUGUGAAAGAUUUAAGAAGAAUUACUGUGAUCUGUAUUAUAAUACCAACGUAACGUGUCCCGUUCUCUGUGGAAUUUGUUAGCGUAUUAAAACAGCUAUC